GUGACCUAGAGACAUACAAUGGCUUGGUUGAGUCUUCAACAGGUAAGGAAUUGAAGAGGGAUGAUGGAGAGGUGUGUGCAGAAAGACGAAGAAGACAUUGGCACCAGUGUGUGACUAGCUCUCCCACCACAUCAUCGCACAUCCACCCCCUCUCCUCACCAGCUGCAGCUAGUGAUAGGGCCUCCCUUUAUCAUUCUGAUCCUGCCAGUAUCUACCACAGCUUUUCUCUGACCUGUACUCACAUUACAGCCUGUGUUCCUCUGUGGCCAGGAACACUUUCAUUUUAUUUCAGGCUCACUUUCAUUCACUGUCUCACCAUGAACCCAAGGAAGUGUGCCCACUGGGUGGGCCUCUCCCUAAUAUCUCUCUCCCUAGUGUGCAUCGUGGCCAAUGCCCUCCUAUUGGUGCCUGAUGGGAAGACCUGGAGCAGUGACCAACUCAGCUUGCAAGUCCUGCUCAUGCCUGGCUUCAUCGGCGGGGGAUUGAUGGUUCUGUGUCCGGGAAUCACUGUGGUUCUGGCGGCAGGUGGACAUCCCAAAUGGAUUCUGCGUUCCUUCUCCUUCUCGGCCUUGGGAAUGCUUGGUGCCAUCUACUGCCUCUUCGUCUCAGCAGCUGGACUCCGAAUGGGACCCAAGUGCUCAAAGAAUGCCAAGUGGGCCUACCACUUACAAGAAAGCUCAGGGGCUUACUUGAGCAACCAUGAGUACUGGAACUUGUGUGAAAAGCCACCCAAUGUGGUGCCCUGGAAUGUGACGCUCUUCUCCUUGCUGAUGGUUGCCUCAUGCCUGGAGAUCUUGCUGUGUAGCAUACACCUGGUGAACCCUAUAAUUUUACCCUUUGUCUGAAAGCACAUGAAAGUCAAUACAAAAAGAAAAAGGAAACUGGCAAGACUGAUGUUUUAUUCAGCACCAGAGGGGCAC